UCCUCGAAAACGACCCCACGUCGUUUAAAAAUUGCCGCUGUCUCAUGGAAAAUUGCCCGCAACACAGUUUCACCGAUGCCAGAUAUAUGUUACUACACCUGAAGGAUUGUAAAUACUUCUCGCAAGGGAUUUAUCGAUGCCCAACAGUAUGUUACAUUUGUAACGACGCCGAAAAAUUCCAAACGACCUCCAACAAGAAGUGCUCAUGGGAUCGGCCAAAGAUGAGACAAAGGCUCCAAAAUACCUUCAAGGCUACGGUAGAUACAGUCAAGGGUAUUGUCAGUCCUCGCUCAAUCUCGAGGUUUGCCUUUGGACAUUGUAAAGAAUGUGGUCAGACAGUAGCACAUAAAGAAGAUCCGUCCCAAUGGCCUGGUGUACGCGACAGUCAGUCUUCGACUAGUCCCAUUUUCGACCCUGCUGCGAUCAAGAUACCGCAGGAGAUGAAUGAUACACAAGUAGGAGAACUAAUGGAUACAUCGCCGCUACUUGAACUACAAGCGGCGUCUUUACCUUUGGACCAUAGGGAUGCGGCGUUAGAUCGUUUUAAUCACGGCGAGGUCUAUGAUUACUCCUUCGCCGUCUCGAACUGCUCCCUCGCUCCCAGUCCACCCAUAGAGCUAUCUUCCGCUAGUCCAGCUAGAACACGUCUUACAGAUGUGUCGCCAACAGCCUCUAUUCAGUCUUCAAUGUCAGCCUCUAGCAAUGACUCCGAACGUCAAUGCCCACCAGCAGAUAGUCAGUGCAUUGAAUUUCUCGAGGGAGCUCUCAACACAGAAGCAAUAUCCAACACCAGUAAUCAUAUGGAUCAAGCUUACAACACCUGGCAACCUUCCUCCUUAACACAACCAUGCAACAUUCCAUCCAGCCAUCUAUCCAUGCCUCCGGUACCUCGCGAUCAAAGAGGAUUUCGCGAACCACGAGGCUAUUCCUUAACUGUUCAGACGAAUCAUUUAGAACCUACUCUGAAUACUCCACUUUGGGGGGAUGUAGCUUAUCACAAUGCUAGCAAUACAGAAGCUAUCAACAUUGUAAAUUCAUCAGCCCUCGAGAGCAUGCCGUCGUCUAUGUCCUCGAUGGGCAUGCCAUCACUUUCAAAUCUUGAUGCAUUCACUGUCGUCGGGAAAAGAGAUGCCUUCCGAGAUAUUAUGCCUCUAAACAGUCUUCCUUCCCCAGACUCAGGAAUUCCGUCUUCGAGCACCGAGCAAUCGCCAGGCUCAGAUUUAUCAGACUCGUCAAAUGAAAGUCAGCAAUGUCCCCAUUGCGAGUACAGGCCUACGGGCAAAAAAGAAAAUGCCAAAGCGUAUCUCAGUAAGCACAUGUCUACCCACGGGACCCCUAGUUAUAAGUGCGAGUACUGCGAAAAAGUCUACAGUCGACGAGACAAUCGAGGCGUCCAUAUACGUAAGCAUCACAGGUCCCAAGACGAUUCUAAGAAAAGGCGCAAGGACUCUGAUAGUCCCGAGCCAGAAUACCACAGGAGGAAGAGAGUUCUAUAUGACGGAUCGGGCCAGGAAUAUUUUUAAUGAUGGAACGUUUUCUACCUGUAACUACUUAAUAGUUACAAGCCUGAUUUACAUGGGCAAUAUUAACGAGUUAUGAAUGAUGAAUACUCAGUUUACACCACGAGAACCGUUUUGCAAGUAAUAAUAAUGCCCCCUUCGUCUAC